AUGAAUUUCAACAUUAAAUUCAUAGUAAAACUACUUUUGUUUGUUUGUCUCAUCUAUUGGUUUAUUGUUUUACUCGCAAACCAUUUGUUGUCACAAUUACUGCUUAACAGUGAAGAUGUGGACAUCGAUGACGACAUUUGGACGCAACAGAUGAUCCAAAAUGAAUAUAAGAUAACAUUUAUUAUCAAUGAGUUUGAAUGGUUUGAAAAUGAUUUGACGGCAACACUGGACUCGUUGUGCGGUUUGUCGACAAUCAACACAAUACUAGUGAUCUCUCAACGAGUCAUUUAUCCGCCGAUCGAGUGGCCAAUCAAUGGACAUGCGGUCAAUAACUGUGACAUCAAGUUUAUUGUCAAUGAUUUUCAAUUUAAUAAGAGUUUAAGCGAAUCCCGAGUCGAGACUUAUAUAGAGAGUCCGUAUGUUAUGAUAGUUCCCGAUUCUGUACGAAUCGGAUCCCGACAUCAGGUCUGGAGUUCAAUCAAAUACUUAAAUAAAUUAAAUUCACGACAACAAAGGACAGCACUUGUUCUUCCUAUUUCUUCCGACGAUUUUGUCGACAAUCGAUGUCUUCUAAUAAACUUUGAUAUAAAACGAUGGACUUUACAAUACCGACAAAUGGAUUCAAUGUCUUCUUGUGAUGCCUUUAUUGGCAACAAUUAUGCCGUUUUGAUCAAAAAGACUGAUUUACUUGAACUCAACCAACCUUUUAAUCGACCAUUUGUUGAGUCGUUUUUCAUUCAAUGCAAAGUUAGAGACAUUAAAGUUAAUCUCUUCAGCUCUAAUGUUGUAACCAAAGGCCGACAACUGUUCCUUACAAAUGAACGCAAUCAAUGGAAGCACAAGAUGUGGUCAGAAGAGAGACGAAAACAAUUGUUUGCUUUGAUUGGCGUCAAAAAGUUGAUUGAUUCUCAAGGAGUGGUUCAGUGGUUUGGAUGCGGAAAACAUACGCAAAGGUGUUUCCCGACUGUUAUCAAUGAAAUGCCGGACUAUUUAUUUUCAAAUCGAUGGACACCUGUCUGUUGUUUAGACAAUUUGGCCCAAACUGGUCGACACGUCUUUCAAGUACUCGAGUCAUAUUCAGUGAGGUAUUGGUUAGAAGGCGGCUCUCUAUUGGGCGCCGCCAGAGAUGGACAUAUCAUUCCUUGGGAUUACGAUAUUGAUAUCGGUAUUUACAGAGAAGAUAUUGUCAAAUGUCCAUUCUUUCCACAAUCGGAUCCAAUAGUCGACAGCAAAGGAUUUGUUUGGGAGAAAGCUUCGGAGGGAGACUUCUAUAGAGUACACUUCAGUCAAAGCAAUCGCUUACACGUCGAUGUCUUUCCUUUUUACUCGAGGAAUGGAACGAUGACGAAGAAUACAUGGUUCGACUCACAUCCACAGGAUUGUGAAUUUCCUGAACAUUAUUUGCUUCCAUUAGAAAAGCUUUCUUUUAUCGGUUUCAACGCAUCCGUACCUAAUAAUUGGCGACAAUUUCUUGAGUUUAAAUUCGGACCAAAUGUUAUUGAAACCCCUAAAUACCCGAAACCCGAUCUCUUAAAACCAUUUUUAUGACAUUUAAUUAAUUAUUAUUUUGAUUACAAUUGAAAUAAUUUAUAUAUACUGUAUAUAUUUAAAAACAUUAUAUAUAUAUAAUUUCUGAGUUUAUAAACAUCAACUCAUUAAUUAAAAUCUCA